UGGCCGAGUGAGCUGCUUCGGGUUGUGCAAAGAGAGUCAGUUCAGUUCAGCCUGAAAGGGUGUCGAUCCUGCAGCGCGCGCGCGCGCGCGCCAGGGGACUCCGCUCUGGUGGGAACCCUUUUCUGAGGCGGCGGGGCUGAUUCCUGCCCUUUUUUAGACUUCGGUAGCCCCCGUGGUACAAGUGCUGUCCAUUUGGGCUUCCGUGGGUGAUCUUGUUUAACUGGGUCUCCCCCAGCCCACCUUUGGGAAGGAAGAAGCGGAAUUCAACGAUCAGAUCUUGCAAAAAGAUAAACCGCCUACUUUCGCAAGUGCUGGGAUCCGGUGCUGCAGGGGAGAUUCAGACAGAGAAUAAACUCCCUUGUCUGCCUUUCAGAGGAGAGAGCCAGAAAAGACAGAUUUGUCCAGAAAAGACCUGCAAUGGAUAAAAAAAGCAGUGGUUAUUUCUUGCUGAUCAUUCUACUAAUUAGAAUGGCUCCAAGUUUUCCCACUACUGUAAGUUAUGCCGAUCCUACUUUAGAGUCUAUGGAAUAUUCAGUGAUACGCCAGAAAAUAGUCGAUUCACAGUUCAAGUGCUAUGAAAGGAUGAACAGAGCCCCUCCUUACAAGAAAAAAGGAUUGUACUGUAACCGGACCUGGGAUGGAUGGCUGUGUUGGGAUGAUACACCAGCUGGAGAAAAUGCUGGCCAGAAUUGUCCUGAUUAUUUUCAAGACUUUGAUCCAACUGAAAUAGCAACAAAAUAUUGUGAAAAGACAGGAACAUGGUUUCGGCAUCCAGAAACCAAUCGAACUUGGUCCAACUACACACGCUGCAAUUCUUUUACAAAUGAAAAGCGUAAGAUGGUUUUCAUAGUUUACUACAUGACUAUAGUAGGACAUAUAUUAUCUAUGGUUUCCCUGUUGAUUUCCUUGGGAAUUUUCUUCCAUUUCAAAAGCCUCAGCUGUCAAAGGAUAACAUUGCAUAAGAAUCUCUUUUGUUCAUAUGUUCUUAACUCUGUGUUUACACUUGCCCACCUCAUUGCAGUAGUGCCUGAUCGAGAGCUGGUCAAAAAAGAUCCAGUAAGCUGCAAAGUGCUUCAGUUUUUUCACCAAUAUACAAUGGGCUGUAACUACUUCUGGAUGCUUUGUGAAGGAAUAUAUCUUCAUACACUGAUUGUGGUAGCAGUAUUUGCUGAAGAACAGCGCUUGCAUUGGUAUUACCUCCUGGGCUGGGGUUUUCCUUUAGUGCCAGCAUCGAUUCAUGCUGUGGCCAGAGCCAGAUAUUUCAAUGAUAAAUGUUGGAUUAGUGUUGACACAUAUUUGCUGUACAUUGUUCAUGGGCCUGUAAUGGCAGCUUUAUUGGUCAAUUUUUUCUUUUUGCUCAACAUUGUACGAGUUCUCGUUACAAAACUGAGGGAUACACAUCGGGCUGAAUCCAAUAUGUAUAUGAAAGCUGUCAGAGCCACUUUAAUUCUUGUGCCCUUAUUAGGUAUUCAGUUUGUCAUUUUCCCCUGGAGACCAGAAAAUAAACUUGCUGGAGAGAUAUAUGAUUACAUCAUGCAUAUUUUAAUGCACUAUCAGGGCUUACUUGUGGCAAUUAUUUUCUGUUUCUUCAAUGGAGAGGUCCAAGGAACUCUGAAGCGGCAAUGGAUGCAAUAUAAAACUCAGUGGGGUCAAAGACGCCGUGAUCAUUGCUCUACACGGUCUACCUCCUACACAGCAACAUCUCUCACAGAGGUUCCUGUUUUUCUAAAUCAUCGUGAUUCCAACAGUGAACAUCUGAAUGGAAAGUACAUACAUGACUCUGAACUUGUUGCAUUAAAAUCUGGAGAUACAUCUGCUUAA